AUGGCAGACUUGGAUGCGGUGUUUUCUCGAAUUUUUGCUGCGGCACUCUAUAGCUCUGCCGAUCAUGUCAAUUGGAGGCCUCCUGUGGUUGUAUUAUCCGGGCUAGCACAGGAGCUGGAGGCAGAGGCAGGAGCUAAUGGCCAGAAGCCGGUCUUGGAUGCAGCGGUGCUGGACAGGGUACUCGUGUCGCGUCUCAUAGAGUCUCCGCCAUCAAACUAUCCGCAGCCUCCCAUACACUACCUCAUGGGCUGUUACGAACGUUCUUCAGAGGAGCUUCGCAGGGCUGGGACAAACGAGCAGGUUAAGGCGGCAGUGGCGGCUGCCCGGGACCUUGUCCUGAACUACGCUGGGUUGGCGCUGUUUGCGGGCAUCGUGGCGCAGCCCCCAGCCAUCGAGGCCCGUGGGUCACUGCAGCUCAUGGAUGCCCUGCUGCUACGCCACGGCCUGCCUACCGUCGCCCUAACCACCGCGGUGGCCCCCGCCUUUGCCGGGCCAGGCGGUGGCGGGGGUGGAGAGGCCGCAGCCGCGGCGUACACAGCCGGUGCCGUACCCAUGCCGCCGGGCUUCCUUGAAGAGCUGGCUGUACGACAUGACAAUGACGAGGGACUGGCGGACGCUGUUUCUAAAAUAGGGUUCCUCCCAGAUACAACAGUCUCGUCCUGUCCAGUGCAUGAGCCAGGGCGCCUGCCAAUAGCCCGGGGGGCGGUUGUGGCCAGGGCCUGGCUGCCCGCUGACCUGAGGGCCGUGUCGGGCAGGGCGGUGGUGCUGCCCGGGGCCUGCUGGCUGGGACCCUUCUUCAACAUCAGUCCCAUUCCUGAUGACGUACGUGGAGCAACGGUUCAGGAGCCCGCCGUGUUGGCGCAGUGCUUCACCCGGAUGGAGGGCCGGCGGCCGGGGGACGUGAACAACGCCGUGUCGGGGCUGAGACUGGCCAUGAGGAACAUCACGGGGCAGUUAAACGGGGUCGUCAAGUCGCUACUGAAGAUGCGGUCCACCAAGGCUGGUAUGAUCCGCUGGCUGGGGGCAGUGCUGGACGGCAAUGCGGGUCGUGCCAAGCUCAGAUUCGACCCGGAGGCCCUGGCGCCGGAUGGCUUCCUGGCUAAUGUGGCGGCAGUGUUGCUGAAGCUGUGCGGCCCCUUCAUGGACAUCUCCCCGGCAUCUCCCUUUUGGAAGCGGGUAGACCCGGGGUUCGUGGCGGCGGGAGGGCUGCUGGACGCGUCGUACGGCGGGGAGACGCGGCUGGCGGCGGCGAGCGACGAAGAGGCGGCGUGGCGGGAGCGAAUCCGCAGCCACGCGGCAGCAUCUGCCUCGGCGGGAGGUGCUGGGGGGGGCAGUGGACCAGCCUCGCCAACCGGCGCCUCGGCAGCUGCCGCCGCCGCCGCCGGUGGUGGUGUUGGCGGUCCUGACGGCGGCGGCGACUUCCACUUCAUCUGCCAGGCGUUCUUCCUGACGUGCCAUGCGCUGCACAUAGGGCCCGUCAGGUCCAUGACCCACCUGGAAAGCGACCUUGCGCACAACGUGCACUUCCUGCGGAGCCAUGUGACGCAAACUGAGGCCAUGAUGCAAGAGCUGUCCAAUCCUGGCGAGCGCGCCAUGGCCGAGUUGGCCCUCACUCGCGCCCGGGCUCAGCUGGACUACCUGCAGGCCCGCUACCAGGCCUUCCUCACAGUGCUGCUGGACCCCGCGCUGGUGACCGACAUACUGGGGUUCUACAGGCUGAUGGCCGCCUGGCUGACCAGCCUGGCUACGGGCAGUCCCUGGGGCAGUGGCGCCACCUCGCUGUCACUGCCCCUGCCGGAACCCGCACCGCAGGACUUCACGUGCAUGCCGGAGUACUUCGUUGAGGACAUGUGUUCGGUUUUGUUGUUCGUGAGCCGCUUCGCUCCCCAGCUGCUGUCCUCCGCAGCGGACGGGGCGGGUGUACGAUUGGACGAGUUUGCCGUUUUCUUCACCACACUCAUGGCCUCGCCCAAGUAUAUUCGGUCUGCGUUCCUCAGGCAAGCAAGCAGGGGCCGCGGGAGGGGCUGCGCCGUGUUUCAGAGUCUGCGAGACCAAUGCAGCUGCUGCUGUUGUCAGCUACUACGGCCAUCGAAGCUGAGUGAGGUUUUGGAGCUGUGGCUGCCGCAAAGCGACGAGGAGGAUCAGGGCGGGCGCUCUGCGUUCCGGCGGCGCGCUCCCGCUGGGCCCUCGGCGGAGCUGGCGGCGCUCUUCAACUGCCACCCGCUUGUGGUACAGAACCUGACGCCCGUACUUGUACGGCUGUACAACGAUAUUGAGCACACGGAACGCGAGGGUGCGUUUUACUUCAAGUUCAACAUGCGUACCACCAUCGCCAACAUCCUCAAGUACCUGUGGGCCCAGCCGCACCAUCGGGCUGUCUGGCUGGCUGCCGUACGUGCUGAGGAGUACCGGGGCAAUAGCGAGCGGUUCUCCAACAUGUUGCUCAACGACCUGACCUACCUGCUUGAUGAGGCGAGUGCUGGGGGGGCGCUAAAGCUGCUGAAGCUGCUCCGUGAGGCCGAGGAUACCAGGGCGGAUGAGGCGAGGUGGGCGGCCAUGUCCCGGGAGGACCGUGAUGAGCUGGUGAACAUGCAAGAGCGCAACGGCAACAACCUGACCGCCAUGAUCCGUUCCGCCACCUCCGUCAUCGACACACUCAACUUCAUCACCGAGGAGGCCGACACCACCCGCACCCUGCUGCAGCCGCACAUGGUGGAGCGGCUGCGGGACUCUCUCAACUACUUCCUCAAGUACCUGGUAGGCCCGGAGCGGCGCCAGCUCCGAGUGCGGAACCCGGAGAAAUACAACUUCAAUGCGCGGGAGCUGCUCCGCGGUCUGGUGACUGUGUACCUGCAUGUGGACGCCAUCGACCGGGGCAUUGCCGCAAGCACCGGCACUGCGCCAGUCUUUGCGGCGGCGGUGGGCGGCGACAAGCGCUCCUUCAAGCCCGAGUACUUCUUGGAGGCCCUCGCAGUGCUGGACGCCUCAGGGCUGCUGAACGUGGGUCAGCGGGAGCAGCUUGAGGCGCUGUCGCAGCGGGCCCUGGCGGCGAGCAGUGUGGCGGAGGAGGAGGACGAGGUGAUGGGCGAGGACGUGCCGGAGGAGUUCAUGUGCGCCAUCAUGUCGACCAUCAUGAAGGCAAGGGACACAGAGGGCAGGGAGGGGAGGGAUAAAGGAAAUUACGACCCUGUGAGGCUGCCCAGCGGUGUGGUGGUGGACCGACCCAACAUCCUACGACACCUGCUGUCAGACGCCACUGACCCCUUCUCCCGAAUGCCGCUCACCGAGGCGCAACUGGUGCCGGAGGAGGGUCUGGCGGCGCGGAUUGCGGAAUGGCGCAGGACCCGCAGCACCCAGUAA